GAAUAUAAACAAGCUUUUCACCUUUUGGUUGAUACGCAGUGAGAAGAAGAAGGGAGCAAUGAAAAUGCUGAGCAGGCAAACUUGGAAGAGAAUCCAGUUCUUGAAGUGGGGAAAGAAAGUUGCGCACAGCACGUCCGCAGUCAGUGCUGGAAGAAAAUCAUCUUUGUGUUGCUGCACAAGAUAUGUCUUGAAGCAGCUAGUUUGGAAGGUGAAGUCGCAGUGCAGGGAAGCUUUGGGGUGGCAAAGGAGCACCAUGCAGUUCAGUUAUGAUUUCCACAGCUAUUCUCUCAACUUUGAUGACGGUAUUUCCUCCAGGAGGGCCAAGACCAUAUCUUAGUGAUUCUCUCUGGUCUCUUGAAUAAGUUUUGCAAUCCUCUCUGAAUAAGUCAUCUGGUUUUCACCAUUUGCUUCUGAGGACAAAUCAGGGUAUUUGUAUAGAAGGCUUUCUCUUCAUUUUCAUUUACUCAAUUCACCCUUGCUUGAAUCAAUGCAUAGAAGCUUUCCCUUUGUACAAAAAGAAACCCAAAAAAAAAAAAAAAAAUAAUAAUAAAAAAAAAAAAAAAAGGUUGCAAUCUUGCAGUCAUCUGGGUUUGCUUUUGGAGAAAACCCUUGUUCCUGUUUUCAUUUUUCAACCCUUGGAAUGGGAUGCUUCUUGAUUAUUUUGC